CAUAGAGUUACUAUUGGUAUCGCCAUCUGCCUUGUGCUAUAUCGCCAAUAUCGCUCCAUGGCUUCUGUGAAUCGUAAAUCCAUGGGCAAAUCCUAGUAGCGAUGGGCAAAUCGGUAAAUCUUUGUAGAUUUACCCUCUGUGGCAUCGGUGAUCAGGAGCACAGAGCUUUCAGCAUUACUGCCUUGUGAGAUGUAGUGACAACUUAGCGUGUUGACCAAUUUUGCGUUCACCGUGCUCGAAAGAAAGCGAAAGUCAGCUGAAAGCAGCAUCAGUCGCGUAGAAUCUUGUUCGCGGGCUUUUAACCAUGCUCUCGAAGUUACCUCGUGCCUUGAUUUUCGUGUUAUAACUGCAGUGUGUAUGACACCUUCAGGAUGAUCAUCCGUGUCCAAAUGUAAACCAGCAUGUGUCAUCAGCUUGUGUUUUCCACAUCUACGUUUAGCUUGACCGGCUAAGGUAUGUGGACGUAGCCAAUGGUUGGCUGUAUUCGUGUGGGAUCUUGACUAGCGCCAUGUAUGAAAUGCUUAGGAUACUGGCCCAGACCUCGUCUUCACGCCAAACGAACUGUGGCGGGAUGCGAGAAUUGUGAAUGUCGUGUGCAUUUACAUGCGUUUCUGGUGCCUUCAGAACCUAAAGAUCUCUGAAGACGUGAAGACACGAAAAGAAAAAUUUCUGACCAUGGAUCAUCCAGACAUCUCAAGCUCCAAGACAGUCGAGGAAGGCUGUGCUACUGCAGUCGAGCCAGACUUGCAGAUGCCUGUCUGGAUGAGUUCUGAAAACCCUGCAGUUUGGCGUCCUGCGAUGACGGUUGAGGAAAUUGCCAACCUUCGUGUCCUGUGCACAUCCUGUGGAGCUCAGCUCGACCACCAUUGCAAGAGGAAGUUCCGCAAGCACAAGCUUCUUAAAGUAAUUGUUUGCAAACGGUGCUACCAGUACUAUGGUGAUGGCCAGCUUCGAAAGGAAGGCAGUGACAGUGACGAGUACUGCAGUUGGUGUGCUGAAGGUGGUAUUCUGGUUUUAUGUGACCGCUGUGGCCGUGUCUUCUGCAAAGGCUGCAUUCGUCGCAACUUCUCCCGCCGGGAGCUGAACCGGAUUGAGUUGCUGGAGGAGUGGCAGUGCUAUGUGUGUGAUCCUACUCCACUUGAACCUAUGGUGAAUUAUGCCAGCAUGAUCACUAGCUACAGUCGGCAGCUAAAGAAACAGCUGGCAUCAAGCACUCACAGCAAAAAACCAAAGUUUUCUGAAGCUGAUCUGAAAGACUUUGUCCUGAAAAAGGCAAGGGAAAUCAAGCGCUCCCUCUUGGAGCUAGCCAGACGACAAGAAGGGUUCCUAGCAGAUGCAAGCAAGGUGCUUCGCGACCAUGCUAGCAGUUUGUCUCACAUAGCGAAAAAUGUGGAAACCUGUCGGAGACGGCAGCUGAGGUCUGUCAAACGUGCCAAAAAGAAGAAAGGUGGUAAGAAUGGUUGCCUGGAAUCUUCUGCAUCAGUGGACUAUCAGCCAGGUGGUUCUAAGGCAUCUGGGAACGAAAAGCUAAUUGCAAUUAAUAAAGAACAGAAUCACGUCAGUGGAUCUGAUCAAGUCGACUGUAAAGACAAGCAAGUGCAAGAGAGGAAUGAGUCAUGUUCUCAAGAUAAAAUCGACAGUCUGGAAGUUAGCCCCAGGACUGAAAUACUGAAUGUGUUCACAAUUAAGACAGAAGCAGAUACAGAAGGAUAUUCUGUAGGUUCUACAACAGAAAAUGAUGAUGUUGCAACUUGUGGAACCCUGAAUAUCCCUUCAACUCUCAGCACGGGUGACGAAUUUUCAUCUUUGGCUCAAGGUAUCAAAUGUAAAGCUGUUUCUGAGACCCUUGUUGCAGACCUCAACAUGGAAAACAGCAGUGACCACUGCAGCAUACCUUCCAAGAAUCAUGACAAGGAGACUACCAUUGCCAUGGUUAAAACAGAAAACUUUGAAGAAGUUCCGUCCAGUGGAAAUGCUUGCUCUGUUCCAGAUGUGCUAAGUUCUUCAAGCACUAGCGAUUUUGAGACUUGCAAUAAAUCCGUAGCUUUUAAGUUGCAGUUUGAUAGGAAAGAGAAAGAUGAAAGCAGCACUGAUUUGUCUUCUGAAGAAGACAGCAGUGUAACAAGUGAGAGUUCCCAAACAGUUGAGGAAUGGGAGCAAAAGACGCAUCUUGCAACUCGCAGGAACUUUUAUGAUAGCAAAAAGAGGCGCACUAGAGUUGGAAGUUCUGCCAAAGCAAAACGCUCACGAUAUUCUAAUUGGCUGUUAAGUGAUUCCACUGACUCGUCAAGUGAUUCUGGUGAAUAUUGGGAUGAUGAGUGGCGUGACUUAUCACGGAGGAAACCCCGUGCUCGGAAGCGCAAGGCUCCUUCAAGGAGAAAGCGUGCCUCUCGUUGUUCACCACCUUUGUCGAAAGAGGUUAUUAGGAGCUGUCUUGAGGAGGCAUUCAAGAGAUAUAAAGAUCCAAAGCUCUUAAUGAAUAUUACUGUGGACCUAGAAUGCCUUCCUGUUGAUCAUUCGCUCAAUUCUAUGAAGAGGAUGAUGACUGAGACAGAUGGAUGGAACAGUGUUGAAGAACUAAAAGAUGCUUGCAACAUUGCAAAGACGCGGUCCUAUGAUUCGAGUGAUGAUGGUGACGAACAAGACAGACCACUGGAGCCACUUGACGGUCAUGAGGAGGGAGCUGGUGUGUCACCAACGAAGGACCCUGAUGGCAAAGGUCGCAGGAACAUUCGCAAACUCAUCUCUGACGAAGAGCUUGCUGAACAGACUAAGGCAGCUGCGCAGGCUGAAGAGGAAAGAAAACAACGCAUUGCUGAAAGGCGAAAGCUGUACUACGAAGUCUUAGGAACUGAACCCAGUGAUGCCGACGUGACAGUGAAAGAACUGGUGCUUGAAGUGGACCUGCAGACGAAGGAGCCCCUUGUGCAGGUCAACGAAAAGCUUGUCAAGUUCAUGAAGCCCCAUCAGGUCAAAGGUGUCAAGUUCCUCUAUGACUGUGUCAUUGAGUCAUUGGAGAUGCUGAAGAACGACCCAGAAAAAGGAUCUGGCUGCAUCUUGGCUCAUUGUAUGGGACUGGGAAAAACAUUUCAGGUGAUAUCCUUCUUGCACACCAUGAUGACCCACAAAGAGGCUGGUCCCUUGCUUAGUACUGCCCUCGUUGUAUGCCCUUACAACACUGUCCUCAAUUGGGCUAAUGAGUUUGAGCAGUGGUUACACGGCAAUGGCCUGGACAUGAAGGUGUACGAAGUGUCCGCCAUGAAAGCAGAUAUUCUGAGGCUGGAGGCCCUCGAGAGGUGGCACAGUGAAGGGGGUGUGGCCAUUAUUGGCUACAGCAUGUUCUGCCUUCUUGUAAAAGGAAGUGGCAAGCGCAAGAAAAAGGCAGUGCUCAGCCGGUACCGGAGAGUCCUUCUUGACCCAGGGCCACAGCUUGUAAUUUGUGAUGAAGGGCAUGUGCUGAAGAAUGAUAGAUCUGGCUUGUCCAAAGCAAUGAGUACCUUGAAGACUGGCCGGAGAAUAGUCCUUACUGGAACCCCACUGCAGAACAACCUGAAGGAAUAUCACUGUAUGGUGAGCUUUAUUAAGCCAGGCCUUCUUGGAACCAAGACUGAAUUUAUUAACCGAUUUGUGAACCCCAUUGCCAAUGGACAGUGUGCAGACUGCACUGUUCAUGAUGUAAAGCUGAUGAAAAAGAGGGUUCAUGUUCUCCAUCGUCUCCUCGAUGGAUGCGUGCAGCGCUGUGACAAAAGUGCCCUGGCCUCAUACCUGCCGCCCAAGCACGAGUAUGUUGUCAGAGUAAGGCUAUCAGACGAGCAAGUGUCACUGUAUCGGCACUUUCUGGAGCACCUCGCACAAGGUCCCGGCCAACAACGACGUGGCAGCAUGUCACUCUUCACCGACUUUUAUGUGCUGCAGAACAUCAGUACACACCCACUGCUGCUCGAGCUGAGCGAUGACAGGGUUGCAACCAGGGAAUUUCUCAAGGAUGAUGAGGAUGAUGAAGAGAGCGACAGUGCCAUUCCUUUCAUUGACGAAGUUACACUCUCAGAAAAAAGCACCUCAGAUGCGACUGACGAGGAUGUUGCCGUAUGCUUGGAUGAUGGCAAGCCUGCAGCGGUAUCGAAAGAGGGGAAUAUGAAUAGAGAAGCACUGGGGCAAAUGCACGAAAAAGAUGACAUUAAUGGUGAAAGUGGGGAUGUCAAGUCCACAUCAAUGUACCACACAAGGAGCCGAGGUGAUGUGGAAAAUCGGCCACCCACACCACAAGGGCCCAAAAAGAAGCAAUGGUGGGAUGAAUAUGUCUCUGAAGACGACAUUGAGAAGCUGCAGAUCAGUGGUAAAAUGAGCUUGCUCUACAACAUCCUCCAGGAAUGUGAUGCUAUUGGUGACAAAGUUUUACUGUUCAGCCAGAGCCUGCUGACCCUGGACUUGGUGGAAAGGUUGCUUGAGCAAUGUCAUGGGCGGACGGCAACAGGUGACACUGAGACAGUCGACAAAGACCCCAAGGACCAAUUGCAAGACUGCCACAACACGUGGGUACCAGGCAUUGACUAUUUCCGCUUGGAUGGUGCGACAUCGGUGGAUGUGCGCUCACGGUGGAUCAGCAUGUUCAAUGAUGAAAACAACCAUCGCGGUCGCCUGUUCCUUGUCUCAACAAGGGCAGGCUCGCUGGGCACUAACCUUGUGGGUGCGAACCGUGUGGUACUGAUGGAUGCCUCGUGGAACCCCACACAUGAUGUGCAGGCUAUCUUCCGCGUGUAUCGGUUUGGCCAGAAGAAGCCAGUUUUCAUCUAUCGCCUGCUUGCACAGGGGACUAUGGAGGAGAAGAUCUACAAUCGUCAGGUGACUAAACAGGCGUUAUCAUGCCGUGUGGUGGACAAGCAACAGAUUGAGCGUCUCUUCAGUGCAGCUGAGCUUCUUGACCUGUACACAUUCAACCCAGUAAGCAAGGACGAUCCUCAGCCAACUCCGAAGGUGCCAAGCGACCGGCUUCUGGCAGAGCUGCUGAUUCACAACAAAGACUGGAUUGUGUCCUACCAUGAGCAUGAUUCCCUGCUCCAGAAUGUCAUGACAGAGGAAUUGACGGAAGAAGAGCAUAAGUUAGCCUGGGAAGAGUACAAGAACGAGCGUGAAGGGAGGCUCACUGCAGCUGCUACUUCAACAGAGACAGACACUGCUUCUACACCUACACUGGCACCUGGUGCAGCAACAGCAAAAAAAACAGGCCUGUGUGUCUCAGCAUGUAAACUCGCUCGUGCCCGCACAAAGAAAGCUAAAAGACUUCGUAAGGCACCAAGAACUAUUCAAAUACCAGCACACAUUCCCAUGAACACUGUAGCAGCAGUGUCAUCAACAUCUAUGCCAAUGUUGGCAACUUCGGUAUUGGGUGUGACGACCACCACAAGCAGCAUGCAACUUGCGGCACCGAAUUUCACUGGCACAAACAUGACCAAUGUGCUUGCACCCCACAGGAUUGUACAAGUACCGAUAAAGGUGCCCAUGAAUGCUGUAGCAGGUGAUUCACUGCGAAGAAACCCAUCAGAAUCGGUGGCGGCGUCAGCAGCAGCAAGAGCAGCCAACCUACAACUGAUAUCACAGACGUUCCUCAAUGCAUGUGUAACGAAACAUCUUGGAGUUCCAAAACUAGUGCAAGUACCAGCAGCUAUUAAACCUACUGGAGCAACAUUGACAAUGACUGGUUUACCAGCAACAACCUCGGCAAGAACAGCUGUGGCAGGAUCGACGAUGCCAAGUAGCCUACUUAUGAUGGCACCUAAACUCAUCGGCAAAAGCACCAUGACAGCUUUCACAACACCAAGGAUAGUGCAGGUACCAGUAACGGUGCCUUUGAAUACUGUUGCAGGAGCCACACCUAUGCAAGUUAGCACACCAACAGUUCUAGCACCAGCAGCAGCGGGAAUAGGAACCAACCUUCAUCUUGCAACACCAAGAUUGAUACAAGUGCAAGUGCCAGUGGCCGUGAACACAGCAGCAGCAGCACCAACAAAAGGUACUUCAGCAGCAGUAGCAGCAGCAGCCUCAACAACAUCAGCAGCAGCAACAUCAGGAACAGCAACCACCCUACAAAUGGCAGCCCACAAACUUCUUGAAACGAACAACACCAAAGUACUUGCAGCACCUAAUGUUGUUCAAGUACCAGCAGCCACAAACACUAAAGCAGUAAAAGUAGCAUCACUGGAAGCUACCUCACCAGCAACAUUGCCAGUAUCAAGAGGCUCAUUCGAGCGACAUAUGAUAGCGCAUAAAUUCAUUAAUCUGGACCCGGCCAAAGCUUUUCCAGUGCGGGAAGUUGCAAAUGUGCUGCAACGAGCGCCAGCAGGUGUGGACUCUGUAGCAGGAGCAGUGGUGACAACAGUCAAGACCAACCAAAAUGAGCCAAUUUGCAAGCCUACUGACACAAGCAUGGACUUGGUGCCAGAAGUUGACUUGCCACUAGUCCCGAUGGUGUUGGAGAAUGUUGCCGGUGGCCUCUCAACGCAAGGGUCUGGGGAUAACUUCAGGCUUGUUUUGGACAUCUAUAAGAUGAUUUCUGACAUAAAAUCAAAGUCAAUGCACUUAAGCACUGCCCAGCUUGUCCUUUCAAUGAAAAGUGCUUUGCUUGAGUAUCGUCUGCAGUUCCAGAGGCAACAAUGCAGCGCCUUAGAGGAAAAACGCAAGCUCAAUGCAGGUCAGGCGCCUGCACUAGAUGUACUUGAUGCAAAGCUCAAGGAAACAAGACGGGCUAUUGAACUACUAAAUACUGCCAAUAGGGAACUGGAUGAAGUUGGAAAGAAAAUGCAGAAGAACCAGAAGCUGAAUAGGCUUGUGCAAGUUCUACCACUUUUGAGGCUGCGACUCAAACAUAUGCUGCCUCAGCAGCGAGGGGCAAACAAACAGCAUCCUGAGCAACUCCAAGGAGAAGAACAGCAGCAGCCUCAACAAGACCAGCUUCAGGAGCCUCAACAGAACCAGCAACAGUAACGAACAGUUACAUGUAGGCAUAUGUGUCCACAGAAGGUCAUUCUCUGCAGCAGCAAUGACAGUCUCAGUACCAGAACUAUUGUGCAUCCUAGUGCAGCAGCAAAGGACUGUGGUGUCGUAGGUUCAGAGUAAUUGUUACUGAUGCUUAUGGGUGCUGGGUAUCACAACAGACUUCCACACAGUUGAUUCAUCACUGCGUGCAAACCAGCUGAUGGAGGUUUUCCAGCAGCUGCUUAUUUUGACACACCUUGUGUUGGAACCAUGGCAUAGGACAAUGAGACAGUGCUUUUUUUUUUACUUGUUACCUUCAGUCCUCAGGCUAGUCCUUGGAGCACUGUGCUUCACCAUUCAUUCUUCUAGUGCACGAUACUGUGCCUGCAGAGCACUGUUUACUGUAAGACUAGUGCAAGCUGCCUUGGAAUUUGGAGCAUGCAUCAUUCAGACACAGUUGGCAGAACACAGUAUCUUUGAGAGAGCCAAGUUAAGCUCCACCAUGCCAAAGGCUUCAGAUGCAGAAAUGGGAAUUGUGCUGAAAUUUUGUUCACCAUUCAAUCUACUGCAGGUUGAUUCGGCACCCUUGUCACCAUGGUAACAACCAACAUUGUUGGUAGUUGCUUGAAUAUUGCUUACUAAGAUGGCAUGCCCGCGGUCUUCCCAUUAUUUAGAUGGUCCAUUGUCAUUUCCUCUGGUCAUGGCUGUUAGUGCCACAGAUGGUGAGGAACCCUCAAUGUCUUAUUGUCUUAUUCAAUGUCUUAUUGCUGUGGUGUGAUUGGGGCCCCCUGCAUUGAUUCCUAAAGUUGAUGCUACCACAUUUGUGAUUUUGGUGAGUGAUACUGCUCAAGUAUCCUGCUGAAACAGCUGGCCUGUCUUUCAGUACAUCCAGUUGUUAUUCCUGUGUACGAGAUCUGGCAGUGCAACUUCUCUAGAUGUCGUUGUCAUUGCUGCACUUUUUUUUUUCCAGUUGUGAAGACAUAUUGUCAAAAGUUAUAAUUUGUAGCAGUGUUCUGUUGAUCAUCAUGUUCAUGUUUCUUCAGAAUUUGCAUUGUGCAUACAUGCCACAGAACGGAUAUUUACUUGUUAGUUAUUUUAUGUUUGUGCUGACAACAUGGGCUUUUAUCUUGAAGCACUUUUAAUCGAACAUAUUUAUUUUAAAUUCUUUGUGAAAACUAAAAUGAAAAGAGUUCCUUAUCAUAUGCCUAAUAGCCAUAGGUACUUUAAGCAAUGAGCUGUUCAUCAUGCUAUUCAGAAAAGCCCAUGUUGUACAUUUAAGGGCUGUCAGGGUAUAUUGAAAUGGUACUGAGUUGCAUAAUUGGUUGCGAAUGCUCUGUACAGUGCAAUCAUGAAAUACCCUAGUGAUGGUGUGGAUGCAUAAUUGAACUGGAAAAGAAGCCAGAGUGUCUAUCUUCUUGUUACGUGAGUAGGGUUCAGUGUUUGUGCACUUUUUAUUAAAGCCAAAACUGAAAGCUGCUGGAAGUGUACCUCAAUUAAAUCUUAAUUGAAGAAGUUGGUAUCUAAAGAAGGUGGAUCAAUUAUGCAUUGUACCAAGUACUUCUGAAGCUUUUUCACUUGGAAGAAGUCACCAUUUGAUUAGAACUUGUUGACUAAUAUUAUUGGCACUAAAAUUACUUUUGCACUUAUUUUGCCAUUACAAGUUGCUUGUGAUUGAAUUAAGGUAUAAGUGGUUUAAUGGUAUAAAUAAGGUUGUUUGAGAUCAAGGCACAUCUCAUCAGUAGCCUUUCCCUUUCUUUUUUUUAAACAUGUUUGUUCAUAUCUGCUUCCUGUCAGUAACUUUGAGCACCUGGUGUAAUGUUUGUUGCCAUAUGUCUGGGCUGAUUUUACUUUGAAUUCGUACCAACUCGCCCAACUAUCAGUUCUGCUGCAACUCUGACUUUGCUUGAAUGAGGAAAGUAACAUAAAGGUUUAGGACAAAGCAGUUUGGGUUACACUUGAGACAUAGAAGGUGUUGCUGUAAAAGAUUGUGAAUCUCUAGGCUGGUCGCUUAACCUUAAAGUGAUUAGUCAGAUUUGUAGUAAAAAACAGUGGCAGAAACAGAGCUCAAAGAUUCUUGUUUCAGAUAAAAACUUAAGGAUGUAUGUGAAAUCAGAAAACCAUAAAACCUGAAAACCCUGAGCCUUGCAGAUGCUCAGUGAGCAUACUGUUUCACUGUUAUAUUUUUCAGGUUGGUCUUCCUGCAGAGCAAUUUAGUUUUGGUUUUGACUUGUUCUGGCUUUUAAUUUACACAUCAUUCACUUCACAGCCAGUGUACAUUUAUUCAUUUUAGGGUCAAGCAGGUAAGACUAUUUUCCUACCUCUUGUCCAUUUUAACCAGACAAAUUUCAUAGCGGUACUAAUUGUCACUUAUGUGCAGCUUUGUUUGUCUCUGUUUCUUUAGCUGGUGUUUUAGCACUCAGAUGUAUUGGUCAAGAAUGGGAAGCUCUUAUGCUACUAAAGCUUUCUGCAAAAAUUUAUGUAGAUGUGUUACACCUGGCAUAACAUGCCAGACCAGGUGUGACAGUGCUCUGACAUUUUUUCAUAACCAUUUAAUUUCUAUGUGAACUGUGUUGGUCAAGAAGUUUGUUGACUAUGUCUACGCCACUUGCCUGUCAUAAUAUAAGGAAAACCAUACAUUCAUUCAUUUAUUAGCAGAUGAGAAUAAAUUUGUGUAAAUAUUGCAUAUUUUUUCACCUCAAA